GUCCGAGGCUAUUUUUGAUGUGUACAAUACUGAGUAUUGAGUAAAGAAAAUGGCGCGUACUAAGCAAACAGCAAGGAAAUCUACAGGAGGAAAAGCACCAAGGAAACAGUUAGCUACUAAAGCAGCGAGGAAAUCAGCACCAACAACAGGAGGUGUUAAGAAACCUCACCGUUAUCGUCCAGGAACGGUUGCACUUCGUGAAAUUAGAAGAUAUCAAAAAUCUACGGAAUUAUUGAUUAGAAAGCUUCCAUUUCAACGUUUAGUUAGGGAAAUUGCACAAGAUUUUAAGACGGAUUUGAGGUUUCAAUCGUCUGCUAUUGGUGCAUUACAAGAGGCAGUAGAAGCUUAUCUUGUAUCAUUGUUUGAGGAUACUAAUUUAUGUGCUAUUCAUGGAAAGCGUGUGACGAUUCAACCUAAAGAUAUGCAACUUGCGCGUCGUCUUCGUGGAGAACGGUCGUAAAUCAUUAGUUUAAUGUUUGUGGCAGAUUAU